AUGCAUUCAACAAAUACAUUAGAUGAAAUAUUUGAUGUACCAGAUAAAGAAGAUAAUAUACAACAACAACCACUUGAUAGAACAGAAUUUGAUAGAUAUUUGGGAGAUGAAACAAGAAUAGAUAAUAAUACGAAUAUUUUAACUUAUUGGCAUUUAAAUAAAUCUAUAUAUCCUAAUUUAGCUCGACUAGCUAAACGGAUUUUGGCUAUUCCUGCUACAAAUACGACAAUCGAACGUUUAUUUUCUGAUAGUGGUAACACCAUAACUGAUCGUAGAACACGACUAGAUACAGAUAAAAUUAAUAAUUUGUUAUUUAUUAAGAGAAAUAUGCGUGUUUUAAGAGAUAUUUAUCCAUCUGUUGUUGAAGUGUGCAGAAAAAGAAAUCAUAGUUUAACUUCAACUGAUUCAACACCUACUGCAACACCAAAUAAAAAAAUUAAAUUGAUCGCUAGAAGUCCAGAAUUACACGAAGAAACAGCUGAUGAAAAUGAUGACGAUGAAUAG